AUGUAUAACAUCUACAAUCACUGCAUUCUCGCACACGGUUCUCUUCUUUCAGUAAAAUAUGAUAUUCACUAUCCUCAUACUUAUGAUAUCGCUCAUUUGACGGAUAUCAUUAGAAAACAAUGGCUUGUGAUUCCGGUAAAGAAUUAUUCGAACAAAAAACUGUGUGAAAUUGACAUUGAGUUUCUGGAAAAUCACGACGUUUUUGAUGAAGAAAUGUCGAUGGUUAAGUGGUAUGUUUCUUAUUUGAAAGUUACCUUUAGAUACGAACUGUUUCUCUUCUGCGAACUACCCCUCAUCCAUUCUGAACUAAACAAAGUUCAGAAACUCAUCACUGAACGAUUGAUAAGUGACUCUGAAAAGUAUUUUGAACAAGCACUUCGAUUACGUGCCUCGAUCAACGAAACAAUUGUUGACAAAUUUCUAAAAAGUGGACUCCAUGGUUAUUCUUUUCCUACUUCUAAUAAAGACAAUUUUUCUUUUAAAACUGCAUUCAAACCAUCAAAGAAAAUAGAACUCAUAGCUGUUUAUGCAACGAUAGGUGGAAAUAUUCUUCGGAAUAUAUGUCUAUUUUCAUGA